CUCUUUCAAUUACAGACUGACCGCACCUGUUUGUUGGAGGGACUGCGAGCCAUGAGAAUACACGUUAGCCAGCUAACACAGGUAAUUGGAACCCAGCAUUUUGUCCCUACGAUAUAAGCUUUUGUCAGCUGGUCGUUCCGACAAAUCAGCGCCAUUGGAGGAUUGAGACUGAAGCAGAUUGCGAGAACUGGUUUAAUAUUGAAGCCAUCGCUUCUUGGCUGCAAAAAGAGGCCAAGAGAGAGGUAUAAAUACCUCGAGAUUCUCUCUCGAAAAACCAGCACGACACAAGACUGAUCGCAUUAUGGAGCAUUCGGAUGGAAUACCUUCCUCUCCAACUAGUGAUAUACUCACUGAAGGGGUCAUGCAGCCUGAAGACACUCGUUUUCGGUUUGGUACGCGAACUAUCACAGCCAGAGGUGGACCUGCAGACCAUUGCCAUCAUAAUGUCCUUUGCCUGCGACUUCAGCAGACGUUUCUGGAUCGGGUCGUCCAGUCCUUAUUCGGUGUUUUAUCUGGCGCGAUAGGCCCAUGGCUGCAGAGCAAAUUCCCAGAGUGGUUCCUGCCAGAAAGAAUUGUUUUAAAAUCCCAGAAGCCUAAUUGGGAAGAAGAAUUUGACAAGGAACUGGAAGCAUAUCACAAACUUCAACCUCUCCAGGGCACCGUCAUACCUAGAUUCUACGGCAUGAUUCAAUUCAAUGAUAUCCGCGCUUUGAUUCUUUCAGAUAUCGGAGGGAACUGCCUCGCGACACCGGAAGGCGCAGUACUUGAUAAACAAGAUCUUCGGCCUCUGUUAGAACAGGCGUUUACGUCUCUUGCUGAUCUCGGGGCGUAUCAUGAUGAUAUAAAGCUUGACAACUUUCAUCUUGUGACUGACAAUGGGAAGGACAAAAUUAUGGUAUUGGACUUGGAAACUGUGGGCUUCGAACUUUCGGGGGAAGACCUGUCUCGUGUGGCAAAGGGAACCCCAAACUGGUUGAUAAACCAGUACGAUAACCAUUUAGAGUGCAUGGAGGACGAUGGAAUAAUCCUACCAAAGCGACCACUCAGAACAUGAGAAUCCAUAGCUCGCUGAUUUAGCGUGACAAUUUCUUGCUUGGAGUUAUAGGAAGAAAAUAGGAUAAUAGGAGAAGAUACAUUCCAUAAACCCCACCAGUUAGUGAUUCC